AUGGAUCAAUAUGACAAUACAGGACUAGCUAAGUUGGUAAUGCUGCUGUGGUCCGUUUGGAAAGCUCGGAAUAUGGUGGUCUGGCAUGAAACAUACCUUCAUGUCGAUGAGGUAAUUAGAACUGCUCAGUUUACUCUUGAUCAUUGGAUGGAAGCUCAGCUGAAAAAUUUUACUCCAUCUAUCGCGUUUAAGCAUGCGAAGGAUGGUAGUGAGCGUUGGACGAAACCAUAUAUGAAUACAAUCAAGAUAAAUGUUGAUGCAGCCCUUUUCGAUGAUGAAAACUGUUUUGGGUUUGGGUGUGUUGCUCGUGAUCAUUCGGGAAGAUUGUUAGGAGCUAAGGCAGUAAGCAAAAUCGGAAAAACAUCCACGGAUCUAGCAGAGGUGAUAGUUGUUAAGGAAGUUUUGAGCUGGGUCAAAACAAAGCAGUGGAGCAAGGUGGUGGUGGAGUCUGAUUGUAUGAAAGUGGUGCAAGCUUUACGUAGUUCAGUGGAGUUAACUUCUACAUUUGGUCUAGUUGUGUUGGACUGUAAACAGCUCCUACAAGAUAUUGCAAAUGCUGAAAUUUGUUUCAUUAGACGGUCAGCAAAUAAGGUUGUCCAUUGUUUAGGAAGGCAGUCUUAA